AUGGCAAGUGGAGGUUCGUCUGCGAACGUCGUGAACACUACUAUGGCAGGUGAAAAGGUAAUAUGUCCUAUAUGCAAUCGUCUUGUCUCAGGAAACGAUAUCAACCUUCAUCUUGACCUCCAAUGUCCAGGUGCUCCCAAUGCUGGACCCUCUCGUUCUCCCCCGCAUUCGUCACGACAACCAUCACAACAGAAGAUAAUAUCAUCUUCUCCUGAUCUUGAAGGAAAGUCAUCUUCUGGUGAACCCCCAAGACAUAUGGCCCCGGUCUUCGGAGUCAAGCGAAAGGUAAUGAAAGUAGAAGAUGACGAUGGAGGAUCCGUGCGUGCUCAAGAGACCAAUGGCAGGGAAGAGAAAAAACCGAGAGUGAACCCUCUGUCUGCUAAUCAACCCUUAGCGGAGAGAUCAAGACCUUCAUCACUACUCGCAUAUGUGGGCCAAGAAGAUCUUGUUGGACCUGGUAGUUUACUGAGAGCAAGGAUAGAAGCAGGUGAAGGAGUAGGUAGUUGUAUACUCUGGGGUCCACCAGGAAGCGGUAAGACGACACUGGCAAGGUUGAUCGCUAAGACCGCCAAUGCGGAUUUCAAAGAGCUCUCUGCUACCAGUUCCGGGACAGCGGACGUGAGACAAGUGUUUGAACAGGCCAAGAAUCUUCUUAAACUCACCGGAAGAAAGACCAUCUUGAUGGUUGACGAGAUCCAUCGGUUCAACAAGUCUCAACAGGACCUGUUUCUGCCUUAUGUCGAGAAUGGGUGGGUGCAGCUGAUAGGUGCUACCACGGAGAAUCCUUCUUUCAAAGUGAACGGGGCGUUGUUAUCUCGUUGCCAAGUUUUCACACUAUCCCCUCACACAUCCAAAGACCUAGAGAAGAUCCUUGACAACGCCCGUUCCUCCCUUUCCUCUCCUCCGCCACUUCCACCAGAUCUUGUCCCCUUUUUGGCAGACAUAGCAGAUGGCGAUGCCCGACAAGCCUUGAACGGUCUCGAGCUCGCCCUUUCAGCUAGUGAGGCUUUACCGCUUCCAUCACCUCCCGAGAAUAUGGACCAUCCUGAUCGGGCUUCGGACGUGGACAAGCGAAACAAGGAGUUGAUGGAGACUUUACGGAAAGGGCUAAGGAAGGGAUAUGAUAGGAGUGGAGAGGAAAGAUAUGAUAUGAUUUCUGCUUUGCAUAAAAGUCUAAGGGGAAGCGAUGGGAGUGCUGCCAUGUAUUGGCUUGCGAGGAUGAUCACAGGCGGAGAAGACCCUCUGUAUAUCGCCAGACGAUUGAUUGUUGUGGCUAGUGAAGAUGUCGGCUUGGCGGAUAAUCAUGCAUUACCUUUAGCUAUGGCAACAUAUCAGGCUUGUCAAGUUAUCGGUUUACCAGAAUGUAGGAUUAACCUUGCUCAUCUAGUAGCUUAUCUUGCCGAAUGUCCUAAAUCCACUAGAUCAUAUAACGCCUAUAAACGAGCCGAAGCAAUAGCCACUUCCCCACCUCUUCCUGGUGUCCCAUUACAAAUUCGUAAUGCACCUACUAAACUAAUGAAACAAUUAGGGUAUGGGAAAGAAUAUUCAUAUGAUCCUGAUUAUGUUCAUCCCGUUUGGAAUGAAUACCUUCCUUCAUCUAUCUCAAAACAUUCUUCUUUAUCACCUGACCUAGAGGAACAUAUCCUUCUUUCAUCCGAAAAUGAGAUCAAGAUGAAAGAAUGGGAUGAAGAGAAAUUACGUAUUUGGGAAAAUGUCGUGAAUCAAGGUCAACCAUGGGAAGGGCGUCGCAAACGAGAAACAUAAUUACCAUUCUGAAUAAGACACGUAAUUACCGUUCUGGAACAAUAUGUGUACUAGGAGUGCGCAUACUCUUGCUCCAUUCCCCCGGAUACCGAUAUCUGCAUCACGAAACACAGCCUGUCAAACAACUGAGUUGAAUGUAUACAGUAUCACGGAAUGAGGAUGACUUCAUAGAAAUAUCUUGGGAUAACAUGAACUGUCAAUCAUGAUAAGGUGGACGAGUAGAUGCAAGGAUCAACAAAAGAGAUAUGCAUGCAUGUCACUGUCCG